GAUAAACAGUUUUUGAAUAUCUUGCAGUUCAUGGGUCAGUCUAUUCAUGUUUUUGAUACUUCUGGUUGCUUAAUUUACUGGAAUCGCAUGGCAGAGCUCCUUUUUGGGUACCCCGCAUCAGAAGCUCUUGGACAGGAUGUCUGUAAGCUACUCGUACAUUCUCAAGACGCUGAUGAAGCAAAUGAAAUAGUUGAAAGAAUUAUCGCGGGAGAAGAUUGGACAGGACAGUUCCCAGUAAGGAAUAAAGCAGGGAAAGCUUUUUGUAUCAUUGCGACCAGUACCGCAUUAUAUGAUGAUAAUGGUAGUUUGGUCGGGAUUAUUAGUAUAACAGGUGAUGCAGAUCUCUUUAGAGAUGUUUUCGUUCCAACUUCUGGAAGAAUUUUUUCUAAGGAUUGUUCAAGCACUAGAUGGCUUAGAAGUUGCAUACCAACAAGUAAACCUGAUGUUGAUUCUCAACAGCCUCUGCAACAUAUGGUUGCCACGAAGAUAUCGAAUCUGGCAUCUAGAGUGACUAACAAAGUUCGGUCGAAAAUGAGAACUAAUGAAAGCACUUUGGGGCGGGAAAUCCAGUCUGGAGAUGGACAUUAUUUUGUUCUUACGGAGGAUCCAACUUCAAGUAGAACUAGCACGCCUAGGGGAGGCAUACUCCCGUUUCUCUUUGGUGUUCCUAUCAAACAUACCCUAGAGAAAAGAUCCCUGGAACGACCUGUCAGCGAUUCUGGUGAUGAUGUGGAGAUAGGGGCGUACAAGAGAAUAACCUCCAAGGCAGAGGCUUGGAUUAGCAAAAAGGGGAUAUCAUGGCCAUGGAAAGUGAGUGAGCAGGAUGUGUUGGUAGCGCGGACUACCCAUGACGUCGUUCCACUCCUGAAUCACGAUGGUGAAAAUUACUUUGAUGAACAGAAGAAUUCUGAUAUUAAUGAAAGCCCGGGGUUCCAGGUUGUUGGUAAUAACCAGUUAGAAUGGGAAGCACGGGGUUCUUUGCCUUCUUCUGAUGUCGAACGCACAAGCAGUGUUUGCACAAGUGUUAGUAAAGGAAGCAGUGGUAUUCAGGAAGAUUACAGGGAAACAUGUUCGUUGGAUUAUGAUAUCUCGUGGGCAGACUUGACAAUUGGGGAAAAAAUCGGGCAAGGUUCAUGUGGAACUGUAUAUCGUGGUCUAUGGUGUGGUUCGGAUGUUGCACUAAAGCUGUUCUCCAAACUUGAUUACUCAGAUGACUUGCUGCAUUCCUUCAGACAAGAGGUCUUACUUAUAAAGAGGCUCAGACAUCCAAAUGUACUACUAUUUAUGGGGGCAGUAGCAUCACCUGAGCAUCUCUGCAUUGUUACAGAAUUCCUGCCGCGUGGAAGUUUGUAUCAGUUGCUUCAACGGGGAUCUCAGAAAUUGGAUUGGAGGCGACGAGUUCUCAUGGCUUUGGACAUUGCUCGGGGUAUGAAUUAUCUCCAUCUUUGCAACCCACCUAUCGUCCAUCGUGACUUGAAGUCAUCAAAUCUGUUGGUUGAUAAGAACUGGACUGUGAAGGUUGGUGACUUUGGACUUUCAAAAUUCAAGCAUCAGACGUUUCUGUCAACAUUGACCGGAAGAGGAACGCGGCAGUGGAUGUCUCCAGAGGUUCUCCGUAAUGAUCGGUCAGAUGAGAAGUAA